GGCGGUUGAGGCUUGCUUCUGCUUCAUCAAACUGUAACCUCUCAUUCUUCUCUUCAAAAAGAUUAUAGACAGAAAAAAGAACUAAACCUGUGGAGCUUACUCAGUGGCCUACAAUGAAAGCAGUACUUUCACCACCCCCUGUACCAUCUAGACCAGCCAUCUUCCGCUCCCAUCAUGAGCGUUUCUUUCUAUCAGUAUAUCCCACUUCGCCGCCGCAGCAGCCGGCACGUUUCGAUGCAAGAUUGGUCGCGAAUCGACCGCAGAAUUUGAAGGUGGUGUUCGUAACGAGAGCUGCCGAUUCAACUCAGCCUUCUACUGCUGCUUCGCCCUCUUCUGCCAAAACUACUGUUCCUGAUGAUGAAUUCUCUCUCGCUAAGGUUUCUUUUGGUGUCAUUGGACUCGGUUUUGGGAUUUCACUCCUAUCGUAUGGUUUUGGGGCUUACUUUAAUAUCCUCCCAGGAUCUGAGUGGUCGGCAUUAAUGCUAACAUAUGGCUUCCCUCUUGCAAUUAUUGGUAUGGCUCUCAAGUAUGCAGAACUGAAGCCAGUACCAUGCCUAACUUAUUCUGAUGCUCAAAUGUUAAGGGAAACAAGUGCCACUCCAAUCCUUAAACAGGUUAGGAGUGAUGUUACGAGAUAUAGGUAUGGAGAUGAGCAGCAUUUGGAUGAGGCAUUGAAGCGAAUUUUUCAGUAUGGUCAGGGUGGAGGAAUUCCAAGGAGGAGUGCUCCUAUUCUACAGAUGAUUCGUGAAGAGGUAACAGAAGAUGGUAAAUACUGCCUAGUCUUGGUGUUUGAGGCAAAAGCAUUGCAGUUGUCGGAUUUUGAAAAAAGACAGGCAAAAUUUGCUUCAUUCUUUGGACCGGGCGUCACAGCUGAAGUUGGGAAGGGGGAGAAUAAUCUAUAUGAAGUCCGUCUAAUUUCCAACUUAACCGGCAGUUCUACAUCAUCAUGAAGUGAUCGAUGAUGGAAAAAGACUUGAAUGAAAUGAUGGGCAGAGAUGACAAGAACAACACUGUUGCAAUAGAAAAGCAAGUAGUUCCAUUAACACGAAGGUGUAAAAAGGGGAAUGGGGAAUCUAUUUUAACUGGCUGUCUGCCUCCAAGUAAAAUUGGAAUCUAGUUCCCAUUAUACCCUCUCCAAUGAUGAUCCGAGGGGAAAACCAAAGUUCAAUAAAAUUAAUUGCGAUGAGUGAGUAUCAUGAACAACA